GCGCUGUACGUCCAAGAUGGCGGCGCCCUGUAGGCUGGAGGAGCUGUGAGAGGUAAACAGCCGAGGGGGAGGAGGCGGUGGAUUUAUCUUAAUUGAGUGCUUUGCACUUUGGGAGCUUCGGCGCAUUCACAGGGUUUAAAGCUGGAAGAGACCUUAGAGAUCGUCUAGUCUAACACCCUCAUUUGUCAAAUGAGGAAACUGAGGCCCGAGAGGAGCAGUGGUUUUGCCCGUUAAUUGAUGAUGACGUUAAGGCUGUUUCUGUCCUUCCUGAACUUGCCUUAGGAUACCUGCAUUACAGUCUUGUGGGUAUAGUGCCCCAGUCAAAGUCCUUACUCUUCACUGUGCCAGACAUCAAAAGUGAGAGCCCCUCAGGGCUUAACUCAUUGGAGAUCAUGAAAGACACCAGGUUGACAGCACUGGAAACUGAAGUACUAAUUGUCCAUAGAACAGUCUGGUAGAGGCACAAAUGAAGAACCUGUGGAAAUUUUAAUGUGUGUACCAAAACUAGCAUGAGCACAUACCUAUAAGAUAAUGGCACAGCAAGCAAAUAUCAGUGAACUCCUCUCCAUGCUGGAUUCUUCGGCUCUGGGUGUGUUAGAUGACAUAACAACUAUCUUUAAAGAGAACCUCAAUUCUGACCGUGGUCCUAUGCUUGUAAACACGUUGGUGGAUUAUUAUUUGGAAACCAAUUCUCAACAGGUGUUGCGCAUCCUGACUACAUUGCAAGAGCCUCAUGAUAAGCACCUCAUGGACAAAAUUAAUGAAUAUGUGGGCAAAGCUGCUACUCGUUUACCCAUCCUCUCCUUACUGGGGCAUGUCAUAAGACUGCAACCCCCAUGGAAGCAUAAGCUGUCUCAAGCGCCUCUCUUGCCUUCUUUGCUUAAGUGUCUCAAGACUGAUACAGAUGUAGUAAUACUCACAACAGGAGUUUUAGUCUUAAUAACCAUGCUGCCAAUGAUUCCACAGUCAGGCAAACAAUACCUUCACGACUUCUUUGAUAUUUUUGGCCGUCUUUCAUCAUGGUGCCUGAAGAACCCAGGUCAUGUGACAGAAAUUUAUCUCGUCCAUCUUCAUGCCAGUGUUUAUGCUCUCUUUCAUCGCCUUUAUGGAAUGUACCCUUGCAACUUUGUCUCCUUUCUACGUUCUCACUACAGUAUGAAGGAAAACUUGGAGACCUUUGAAGAAGUGGUAAAGCCAAUGAUGGAACAUGUUCGAAUUCAUCCAGAAUUAGUGACUGGAUCUAAGGACCAUGAACUGGACCCACGCAGGUGGAAGAGAUUAGAAACUCAUGAUGUUGUAAUAGAAUGUGCCAAAAUUUCUCUGGACCCCACCGAAGCCUCAUACGAAGAUGGCUAUUCUGUGUCUCAGCAGAUCUCAGCACGCUUUCAUCAUCGUUCAGCUGAUGCCGCCACCGUCAGUCCUUAUGUUGACACACAGAAUAGCUAUGGGAGUGCUACUUCUACCCCUUAUUCCACUCCUCGACUGGCGUUAAACACGCCAGGGCAGCUACCUCAGGUUCUGAGUUCCUCAUCAACACGGCUGUCAACUGAGCCGUCACAAGCUACUAUAUGGAGCCCCUCUACAGUCUGUGGUAUGACCACUCCUCCAACCUCACCUGGAAACGUCCCACCCGAGUUGUCACACCCUUAUAGCAAAGUCUUUGGUACAUCUGGUGGGAAAGGAACUCCUUUGGGAACACCAGCAACCUCCCCUCCUCCUCCCUGCCAUUCAGAUGACUACGUGCACAUUUCACCCCCUCAGGCUAUAGUCAUGCCCCCCAAGAAGGAGGACAAACUGGAUUCUGUGAGACCAUGUCUACACAGACAACAACAUCUUUCUAAUGAUAGAGGAUUAGAAGAAACAUCUGACAAUAAAGGUUCUGUCACUUUAAGUGAUCUUCCAGGGUUUUUAGGUGAUCUAGCCUCUGAAGAAGAUAGUCUUGAGAAAGAUAAGGAAGAAGCUGCAAUAUCAAAGGAGCUUUCUGAGAUCACUACAGCAGAUACUGAGCCUGUGGUGCCUCGAGGUGGAUUUGACUCUCCUUUCUAUAGAGACAGUCUCUCAUGUUCUCAGAGGAAGUCCCAAUCAACAUCUUCUAACACUCAAGGUCCCAGUGUGAGCACUGAACCUCCAACUUCCUCUCUGGACAAGCUUGGGCCUGACACACCAAAGCAAGCCUUUACACCCAUAGAUCGGCCCUGUGGGUGUGCCAAUGAAAGCCCUGCUGGUAACAGGGAAAACCGGACUUCACUGGAGACAAACAUCUUCACACCUAGUCCUUGUAAAAUACCAUCUCAGAGAAAAGUAGGUUUUGGAAGUGGACAACCUCCCCCGUACGAUCACCUUUUUGAGAUGGCACUGCCAAAGACUGCUUACCAUUUUGUCAGUAAGAAGACUGAAGAGCUGUUAAAGAAAGUGAAAGGAAACACAGAGGAAGAUUAUAUGCCCUCCACCUCCCCAGUGGAAGUACUAGAUAGACUGAUACAACAGGGAGCAGAUGCACAUACAAAGGAGCUGAACAAGUUGUCUUUGCCCAGUAAGUCUGUCGAUUGGACCCACUUUGGAGGCUCUCCACCCUCAGAUGAGAUUCACACCCUUCGGAACCAAUUGCUCUUACUGCACAACCAGUUACUCUAUGAGCGCUUCAAAAGGCAGCAGCAUGCUCUCCGGAACAGACGGCUCUUACGGAAGGUGAUCAAAGCCACAGCUCUGGAGGAACACAAUGCUGCUAUGAAAGAUCAGUUGAAAUUACAAGAGAAUGAUAUCCAGAUGUGGAAGGGUAGCGUGCAGAAAGAACAGGCCAGAUACAAUCAGCUUCAAGAGGAACGUGACACUGUUGUGACCCAGCUCCACAGCCAGAUCAGACAGCUGCAACAUGACCGAGAGGAAUUCUACAAUCAGAGCCAGGAAUUGCAGACAAAGCUGGAAGACUGCCGGAAUAUGAUUGCAGAUCUGAGGUUAGAAUUAAAGAAGGCCAAUAAUAAGGUGUGUCACAGAGAGUUGCUGCUCAGCCAAGUUUCUCAAAAGCUUUCAAACAGCGAAUCAGUCCAGCAGCAGAUGGAGUUCUUGAAUAGGCAGCUGUUAGUUCUUGGGGAGGUCAACGAGCUGUAUUUGGAGCAAUUGCAGAACAAGCAUGCAGACACUACACAGGAAGUGGAAAUGAUGAAGACUUCUUAUCGGAAGGAACUAGAGAAAAACAGAAGCCAUCUCCUUCAGCAGAAUCAGCGGCUUGAUACCUCCCAAAAAAGGAUCGUGGAACUAGAAUCUCAUCUGGCCAAAAAAGACCAUCUUCUAUUGGAACAGAAAAAAUACCUGGAAGAUGUCAAACUUCAGGCUAGAGGACAGCUACAGGCAGUAGAGAGCAGGUAUGAGGCUCAGAAAAGGAUUACCCAGGCAUUUGAAUUAGAAAUCUUAGAUUUGUAUGGCAGACUGGAGAAGGAUGGCCUCCUGAAAAAACUUGAAGAAAAGACAGAAGCAGCUGAGGCAGCUGAGGAAAGGCUUGACUGUUGUAAUGAAGGUUGCCCUGAUUCACUGGUAGGGCACAAUGAAGAGGCCGCAGGCCACAAUGGUGAAACUAAGACCUCCAAGUCUGGUAGCAGCCGGGGCAGUAGUGGCAGCAGAGGAGGUGGAGGAAGUAGUAGCAGCAGCAGUGAGCUUUCUACCCCCGAGAAACCCCCAAACCAGAGGGUAGGGCCAUUCAGCAGUCGGUGGGAAACAACGUUAGAACCUUCCACCAGCAUCCCUGUGACUGUUGGCUCACUUCCCAGUUCAAAGAGCUUCCUGGCCAUAAAGGCUCGAGAGUUAUUUCGUAAUAAGAGUGAGAGCCAGUGCGAUGAGGACGGCUUGACCAACAACAGCCUUUCUGAGACACUAAAGACUGAACUGUACAAAGAUCCAAGCAUGGAAGCAAAGGCCCCCCUGGGCCCAGACAACCCUCACCCAUCUCCCAAAAACCAGGAAAGUGUUGGACAGCUUCGUAUCAUGGACUACAAUGAAACUCAGCAUGAACCCAGUUAAAGGAUGAUGGUCAAUCAGUGUUAACUUUCAUAUUCUUGGCAUAGAAUGGGAGGCGUGAAUGCAAGUGUAAAAGCUUUCAUAUUUCCAGGUGUGAGUAGCUAGCUCCUGCCAUGGAAAUAGGACUGAGCUCCUUUUGACAAAAGACUGAAUGCAGAAUGGUGUUUGGAUCUGGCGGUGAAAUGCCUCUGACCUUUCUCUUGACUUUAACCUAAACCUCUCUUUUCUUUCCUAGCAGUGUGUGCUAACCCAAGGGCCAGUUUGCAUUCAUAAGUAUCUUUUCUUCCUCCUUUCCCCAAAUGGUUGCAUCCUAUAAACCUGUGCAAUAUGAGGCCAAAUUUAAUCUUUGAAUCUAACGCACACAACUUCCUGCUUUACUGAAGCUCAAGUAGCUUGCCCAGCUUUCAGUGCAGACCAGUUAAUUGGUGGUGGUACAGGUAAGUCUGGUUUUGUUCCUUUCUAGGAUGCAGUUUACAGAGCCAGUUGCCUUCAAGUGAAGGCUUCUAAAUGCAUAUGGUUUUUUUCUCCCUGCUUUCUGGUUCUGAAGUUUAGCACCCGAAGCAGUGGAUCAAGAAAAAUGUGGUGUGUUAUUCACCCUUAUGUUCUUUGGAGGCUCUGAUUAUGCUUCCUAGAAAGCUCGGUGUGAACACUCUUCUGUCAUUUCAAAGAACUGGAGCUGGAGCUGUGGGGUUUGGUGAAGCACCAUCCCUCCUUCCCCUCUACCUCUUAUUUAUUUGGUGUUGGCUGAAAAGCUGGUACUCUUCUGACUACAGCCGGGGGAGGUGCAGGUGAUGAAACUCAAACUCUGGGGAGGGAAAGAAUGGAGACUGGAAAUUUACCUAAGGAACCCUUGUGGAAGAGUUAAUGGGUCCCCAGGCAAGUCUUGGGCUGGCUGAACCUUUUUCCUUCUGUUUUCUCUCCAUUUCUUUUCAUGAUCCCUCCUUGUUCAUCUCACUCUCUAAUACUGCACCAGAAAUGAUCAGAAGUUCCAAAGAAAUUUCCUCAAUGUCAUUUGUAAUGUAGCUAUGUGACCACCUUUUCUUAGGUCUGACAUAAUUGCCUCAGUAUAGCUUAGGCCAACAAAGCUACAGCUUUUUUCCAUACUAACUCUAACUAUGUAUGUUAGGUAUUUGGUUUGUAGGGAGGGUGGAAUUAUUGAAUCCCAAGUUUCAGUGGUGAUGGGGGGUUUUGAGGGGAAAUCUGAGAAGUUUCAACCAAUACAAAUCAACACAGGUCCCAUUUGGGUAAUCAGACAGGUGGACAAGGAAUGACUGUGUACUUCAGACAACAGCCAGGGGAGAGUGGCAGAAAACCCAGCUCUGCCAAAACCUUGAAAAUGUUAGAAACCCAAGAAAUGCUUCAGUUGGAGUACUAGGUAGCAUAUGAAGACCAAAAUUACAAGUGAUGUUUUGAAGUCUAGAGAAUGACCUAUGGGCUACAGACAAUUGUAAAAAGAACAGAGGUGUUGGGGAAGCCAGGAGAAGAUGAAUAUUCUUAAAUCCUUCUGGGCCAAGAAGUACAGGAAACUCCAUGCUUUAAAUAAUAAAAAUAAGUGGUAAUAAGAUUUAACUCUAGUAGCCCUUCCCAUGUUGAUACUGAGCAGGAAAAUUACUAGACUAGAAUUGGCAAAAUUAAGCUUGCUAAUAAUAUGGGGACUUCUGAUAUCCACACCUAAUUUAGCAGAAUAUCUCAUCAAGACAAGAUGUGGAGGUAAGAGGUUUUUUUUGUUUUGUGUUUUUUAAAUAUGAGUUGGCUUAGUAACUUCAGAGUAGUAGGCUGAAACUUGUUUGGGAUUUAUUCCUGGGUGACCUAAUGUUUCAGUCCCUAUCACAACACAUUUUGAUCUUUCUAGUUGGAGAAGGAAAGCCCCAAGCUUUUAAUAAGAAAUUAUUCAUUUUUAGGAGAAGCAACAAAGCCAAAAUACCAUUUCUAACUGAAAAGUUAUGGUAAUCCUAGAAACCUUUUAAACAUACCCUCUACAAAAGCCUAGGAAAAAUGUGUUGAAAAAUACUAGGUACUUGAACAAAAGCCCUGUAUAGCUAACAAGUGAAUUAAAGAAGACCUUUGAAAGGAUUAAAAAGAUUUGUAUCUUUUUCAUAGAUAUAUAUCUGGAGAGAUUAUACAAGUGAUUAUUUUUUAAAAGGAGGUAAUCUGGUAUAAGCAUGGGACUGGGAGUCAGAAUAUAAAUUCUGAUUCCAGCUCUGCCCUUAACUAAACUAUGAUAGUGGCUAAGUAACUUCCUCUUUCUGAUCUUCAGUUUAUAUAAAAUGAAGGAGAUUGGGUUAAAUAACUUGCAAAGUCCCAUUCAGGUCAACUAUUCCAUAAUUAUAUACAAGUUUAAGUCUGCAGUGGAUGAAGAUCAGAUAUAAAAUAGGCUUAAAAAAACACAUUCGUUCUGCAUAUACUUUUCAAAGGACUUAAAAGCCAAUAGUGCAGUUCUUUAAUUAUACAGCUAGAAAGUCAGUAAGAACACUGGAUCACAGUCCAAAAAGUUCUUUAGGGGAUGAUGAGGAUAUAGGAGAAUCUCUCCAUUCCUGAAUUCUCUUGAAAGUAUAUGGGUCAAGGGAGCAGCUAGGUGGCGCGGUGGAUAGAGCACCGGCCCUGGAUUCAGGAGGACCUGAGUUCAAAUAUGACCUCAGAUGCUUGACACUUACUAGCUGUGUGACCCUGGGCAAGUCACUUAACCCUCAUUGACCCGCAAAAAAAAAGAAAGUGUAUGGAUCAGAAAUAUUUGAACAAAGAGUGGUGAAAGCAUGGGGUGUCCUAGACCAAUAUUAAAUUAAGUAUAAAUCACAAAUUGAGUGGAAUCUUAUGAAUCAAAGCAUUAUCAGCGAAUUAAAUGGUAAAAAUUAAGGAACUGUUAGGCCAAAUGUGCAACCAGUUAGAAAUGUUUACCAGAUCAGAGAGCUACUAGAUUACUAAUGAUUCCUGUUCCUUGGGGAGACAACUCUAGGCAGGUAUAUCUGGUGCCUGUCAAGCUGAUAGAAUCAUUUAUCAAGGAUAGUAACAAGAACAUAAGUAUAAUCCUGUGGACCUUUUGGGGCAGAGUUGGAAGGGAGGGAAAUAAGUAUAUGCUAACAGUAGAAAGAAAUCAUGCUGAAAUCUGCUUAAAUUUGAAGGUGUAAAUUUUAGGCUUUCCGCUUUGACAAAGGUCUUAGCAGAAAGUUGAACAUUGUGUUACACUUGGGUUAGGAAGAAUGUUUGCACAUGGAUAGAGAUCUUGCUUAGAGACAUGAACCAAAAUGUAAGGGAUAAUGGUCAUUUCUGUGGAUGGGAUAAUAACAGGAUUCCUAGAAGCAAUAAUUUAACGUUUUUACAAAUGAAAUAUCAAAGUUUAUGGGUGACACUCAGCUUUUCUGGGUAGUAAAAUACCAAGUCUGUGGGGAUAUGCUUCAGGAAAAUUUCAUGAGGUCUAAGUGAGGAAACAAGAUGACAGAUGAACUUCAGUGUGAGCAAGUGUCAAUAAUGUACCUUAAAGGGUAAGCUGUUAACAUCUAAGGAAGAGAUCUGAGAAUCAUUACCUCUUUCUUGAGGACAAUAUUGCUAUAGCUUUAAAAGUCAGAAAAGUGGAAGCAAAAUUCAUUAAGCAGGGAAUUGAAAACAAAAUGAAAAACAUCCAAACCAUGACUCAUCUACACAUGCAAUAUAUGCAAUUUGAUUUGCUUAGGAAGGACAAAGCCAGAGACCAGUCCAGCAGGGAAACAAGCAAGAUAGGUACUGAUGGAAAUUUCUGCGAGGACAGACAAAAAUGAAAAAUAAAUUUUGUCAAAGGCUGAGUGGAUAUGAUCAAAAUUUAUGAAAUUAUGGGAAGAAUUACUGAAGAUGGCCUUUCCCGCCAAAUCUUGGAAUACUAGAACCAGAGAGUACCCCCUUUGAAGCUUGAAAGAAUUUUAGAAAAGCUUAAGUUCUUCUUGACAGUGACUGGCACACUUUGGGGGCAUGAUAAUGAGGUGGUUUGGAGGUAAAAAGUACAGGUUCAAGAAAGAUUUACAUUAAUUUAUGAAAGGUAGACCCAUAAUAAGUUAUUAAGAUAAACUAGGGUGGAGCAUGUCAAGCUUUUUGAAGUUGCUUCAGCAAGAAUAGCCAUGUUUUCUCACAAUGGCCUUUGGUUGUUACUAUCAAAAUACUAGGCUGAGUGGAUCAUUGGUCUGACCAAGGAUGGUGUGCUUCAUAUAGAGUUGAUGGAGAAAUGAAUGAGUGUCUGGACAAUUGAGCCUGUUGCAUUCUUCACUCUUCAUGGUACAUGCUUUACAGUUGCCCCAUAAUGAGUGUUUGAAAUUGUAUCUUAUCCAAAGCUGUGUGUAUAUGUGUGUGUGUGUGUUUUCUUAAGGAGUUUUCAGAGUAGUCCCACUUGCAAAUUAAUUGCAUCUGUCUAAGCUUUUACCAGUAGGAACUUUGUCCAGCUGAAUAAGGGAUGGGUUUAUAUAAGGGAAUUGGUCCCUGAGCUGCUGCUGUGUGCCCUUGUCUUAUAUUUGGCUCCAGAAUCCAUUGUCUAGCUGCACAUGUGCUUAAUGGAAACAUAACAGUUCAGUUUUCUUAAAACAGUCUUUCAAUCUCUAUGUGCUAAUCUGAGGGGAAAAAUGAAAUCUGGUUUGUUCACAAAGCUAAGUUGGCACCACUGUGAAUAGGCAGUUCUGUCUACCUAACAUGACUUUCCUACUCUUGAAAUGAGUUAAUGAAGGUAGUGUGUCUUUCUUUGUCCCUUCUUUCCCCAUUGCUCAGUGGAUAAUAGAUAAAUGUAAUUUUGCUUGAGUAAACAGACUGGCUUACCUACUGAGCUUGAUCUCCAUUCAGAGGAUACCUUUGGAAAUUUUAAACCUGUAGGCUGAAUUCAGGUGCCAUGUUUGGAGAGGAGGGAGGUGGUGUUCUUUAUAGCAAGAUCAUAUGGUGUUGACUCCAAUUAUGGGUUUACCCAGGAGCACCAGGUGUUUUACACUAGCAAGAAUUGGGAAUCACUUUCAGAAGACUUUGUUUUUCUAUGGACCAUGAAGAUUAUGGAGGAACAGAUUUUUUUGCUAAGGACAUAAUCUAGUUUUGUAAACCUCAACCACGGAACUUCAGAAUAAUAGAGUGAACUUGCAGUUUAAAGGGAUCCUUUGGCAAAGUGGCAACACUUCUUUUUUAACUGCUUUUAGUUCAAAUCUAAAAAUGUCAUCUUUUGUCAAAAAGGUUCAAUCCGUUCCCUGCCUCACGCUUGUAAGCAUGUCAAAAACAAUCCACAGUAAAUGCCAUAAAUAUGAACUGCAAGGGAAAAUGGUACAAUCUUAGUGAAUGAGAAUUGAAAUCAAAAGGUUUUGCUGUCCAUAUUAGAAUGUUCUAAAAAUGUCAAGGCAGUUGCUUGUGUCUAACUGUGAACAAAUAAAAAUUUAUUGUUUUGCA